CGUUUACAGCUUUAGCAGACAUUUCACUGUUUAAAUGCAAGCUGCUGAGUAUGGAAUAAAUCAAGUUUUCCAGCAAAACCAACGAUGACAGAACUCGGACUAUCCUGCCCCAGGGGAGGUCAAUUUUACAUAUGCCAGGGCAACACCACCGAAUUUAUUGGCUGUUGUACAGUCAACCCGUGCGAGAACGGUACAGGCGUUUGUCCUCAAGCGAACCUUCUUCAAGCAAGCUUCUCCUCAGACGCAUACGACAGAAUCCCACCACAGAAAUGCUCAGACCGGCAGGCUCAUGGUACAUGGUGGACGUGCAAAGGUAACACGACUAUAUGGCCAUUCAUCGGAUGCUGCACCAAAGAUCCAUGCUUGAGUGGGACUUGUAUACACAGCGACUUGGUCCCUGCCUAUCUUAGCGAAAGCAAAACGAACGCUUCUGUUUUCCUCAGUUCACUACCAUCUGGGACCAUGACAACGAGCCCCAUUCCUUCCAACUCGCCCGACUUCCAGCCCGCACUUGCAAUCAGUGGGGUCGUCCUGAGUGCUUCUGUUCUAGCUAUACUUAUCGUCGCAUUUAUCUGCUUUCUAUGUUUGCGUCACUUGCAACGGGCCAGCAACCACUUAAAGUCGCCGAAUGCCUCAGUGGAGGACAACCUUAGAAGCUUCAAAGGCCCAUGCGAUGAGCACAACAGCCCUGGCCAAGAUUGUCACCAAGCGCUGCGAAAGGAACCAGAUCCAACAAAGCCUGAUCCUCGACUUUUAGCAUCAAGCCAGCUAUCAUCAGGAGAGAGUCACCAUAAUUCCCCGCAAAUGAGCAAUCUUUCGAGAGCCACAGCAACCUCGCGAGACAAGGUAUAUCCGGGUUAUGUUGCGUACAACCCUAACGUUCCUAGGAUCAAACAUCCUGGGAAUGCACAACCUGGGACCACACAGCCUGAGACCACACAACCUGGGAUUGCACAGCCAGUGCUUACCGAAACACCCGAGCCUCCUGGCUUGGUAGAAGUCGAUGGCAACCCGGGCGCUUUCAAGGCGACUAAUAUGGCAUAUCGUACGGGGCCUCAGCAUGCGUCGAUCUAUUAUCCAGCCUACGGGGUGGUUCGGCCUUGUUGAACAACCAACCAUCAAGUUUAUACAUUUCAUACAUUGCCACCCAUUCUUCUGCGAAAACUCCGAAUUCGAUUUCAAUGCACAUGAGAUGGUCUUGGGCGAGACAUGAAGGGAAUUUUUUUACCAAGGAAUAACGGAUCCCAGACGCGCAUAAAAUGGAAAAAUGGUGCUAGCUAAUAUCACUGUAAUCGAUACUUCCACUCAGAACUGGAUCUGCGCCUAAUUGAUUUGUUAAAAUUUUUGCGAAUUAUCAAACAACAAUGGUUGGACUAUGUAGAGAUAUAGAUUGAUUCCAAAGUGAUCCGCCAGACUCUAUGCUACAAAG